GAGAACAAAUUAUUGCAUUCCAAAAGCAUGAGCAGCUGCAGUGAAAUUGAAGAUGAGAAUAAGAAGAAGAACAAUGAAGAGGAGGAGCUCCGGAGGGGCCCUUGGACUGUUGAAGAAGACAACCUCCUCAUCACUUCCAUUUCUAUUCACAGCGAAGGCCGCUGGAAUCUCCUCGCCAAACGCUCCGGGUUAAGAAGGACAGGGAAGAGUUGCCGACUGAGGUGGCUCAAUUAUCUCAAACCAGAUGUCAAGAGGGGAAACUUGUCGUCCCAAGAACAGCUCUUGAUUCUUGAUCUUCAUUCUAAAUGGGGCAACAGGUGGUCGAAGAUUGCGCAGCAUUUGCCGGGAAGAACUGACAAUGAAAUUAAAAACUAUUGGAGAACCAGAGUUCAAAAGCAAGCUAGAUAUCUUAAUAUGGAUACCGACAGUGACGCAUUUCAGCAGCUUAUUCGCUACUAUUGGAUCCCAAGAUUAAUUCAAAAAAUCAACCAAUCCUCGCCGUUGCCGCCGCCGCCACCACCGUCGGAGUUGCCGGGUACUUCUCAAGCAGAGAUGGUCUCCCAGAGUUCGUAUGGUUUUGAAGCUGCGGUGACGGCGACGCCUCUGCAAAUCGGUGGAGAUUUGAUGGGGAGUUCGUGUAAUUCUUCCUCUUCUUCUUCUUCUGGUUUUCAAAAUUACGAGAAUUACGGGUCGUUUGUGAAUGAUUAUUGGGACGAGGAGCAUGGCAAGGGAGAGAUGAUGAACUGGACUACGACGGCAGUGACGGGGGAUGCUGGUUACCCGGUUUCCCACUGCCACGUGGCUGAAACUAAUUGGACACACGGGGAUUUUACCGGUUACGUGCCCAGUAUGGAUGAAUUAUGGCAAUUUUAGGAAGCAAAGAAAAAGGGUUUCUUUUUCUUUUUCUCUAAGACAACCCAUACAAAAAAAUUCUUCGUAGAUUCAUAAUUUUAAUCCAAAGUAGAACCCCCCAAUUGUAGAAUAUUGUAAUUUUAAUAUAGUUGUAUUAAAAUAAUGUUUGAUUAUUCUAAUAUUUUUGUUAGAAUAUGGUGUGUGAUUGAAAAAGAGUAACAAGAUUAUGUUAAUAUCUUAAUAACAUAUGAUUUAUGGAUAUCGAUUAAUGUAUGACACUAAACAUAAUAAUGAGUAGCAUCAAAAUUAGCAUAAAUAACAAAAUAUUUUAAAUUAAGUUGGAGUUAUUGUUCAUGUUAAAACAUUUUAUUUACACCAACCUUUAAUUUGAAUAAAAUUAUAAUUUCCAGUUCAGCAAAAUUGAUGGAUUCGAAGCCUUAUUUUAUAUAUUUAACACGUGAGGCUAAAAUUUAAAAAAUAUUUUAGGUUGGCAUAGUGGAGGACUUUAGAAGUGGUGGAA